AGUUUGUAUAACACCGUAGUGACUGAAUUGCAUUGCAGCUUCGAUGUAAUUUGGAAAUCGAAUAUUUUGUACGUGUACAGACACUCCCUUGACAAAAUUUGAAUUUAGUGCUGUUUCUGACUGAAGAAGACUUGGAAAUAGUAAUAAGUUAAUAGAUGAGUGCGAGUAAAACCCGUUUUAAUACAAAGAAUUCGCGAUUCAUGCAUUCUUCAUAGACGGUUUCAAAAUGGAGUAGAUGGUCAUUGGAUUUGUUGUUGUUCUGGAAGAAGAGACGGUGAGUGCCGGUUUGGGGACUGAUUUGCGAGGUGUUCUCGUCGGGGGGCGACGUCUUCUUCACCUGGGGACCAAGAGAAACAAGUGUUGCUGAUGUUUUUAUACAUAAAUCGGGGACUUUUCUGGAUGCUGCUGGAACUAUUUAUGACCUUUGUGCACCCAAAUAUCCACCGAUCGGUCUUUCAUAUACCGAAAUAAGUGAUGCGGUGGGGCGUCGAGUUAGCGGCCGGCCGCAGAAUGCAGUGGUCGGUGUCGUCGUCGUCGUCGUCGUUGUCGUCUUCAUGGUGGUGAAGGUGGUGGUCGCUGGGUCGGCGGUGGAUAAAGGGGCCAAAAUCGUGGCAGGCCUCUGGCUGCUGCUUUUGGCGGGGCUGUGGGGUCGCGUCUCCGGAGGCGUGCUUCUGGCGCAAUACCCGGGCCCCGCCGAUCCACCGAUGCACUUUUCCCAUUUGGCGAUCGACCACCAAACGAAGAAGAUUUUCGCCGCUGGUACAAACCGCCUUCUUCAACUUGACGCCGAUCUCAAGUUGGAAUAUUCAGUGGUGACCGGUCCGAAGAAUGACAGUCCGUCAUGUCACGCGGUUGGCUGUCACAAUCCCGAUAUACCUCUCACGUUGACUGAAAACUACAACAAGAUUCUUUUGAUCGAACCGGAAUCGAGGACUCUUAUAUCGUGCGGGUCUAUUUUUCAAGGUGCGUGCUACAAAUAUAAACUGAACAACAUUAGUGCGGAACCGGAGUUUAUUCCGCAAGCUGUAGCUGCGAACGAUGCGAAUGCUUCUACUUAUGCCUAUAUCGGACCUGAAAGUUAUAAUUUGUGGGGGCGAUCGAAUAUAAUGUACGUAGGGACCACCUUUACUAACAAUGGCGAGUUUCGACAUGACGUACCAGCCAUUGCUAGUAGGGAUUUGGACAAUUUAGCCAUCGCUGAAUACUCUUUCAACAAACAAUCGCAUGUUAGCAUUGAUGUCAAAUACAGAGAUCAUUUUAUUGUACAAUACGUUUACGGAUUUAAUGCUAGCGAUUACGCUUACUUUGUUAUUGUUCAAAAACAAUCGCAUCUUCCCGGUCAAGAAGAACAAGGUUACGUAUCGCGAUUAUCGAGGACUUGCAUAAACGAUGCUAAUUAUGACAGUUAUACUGAAGUUACACUGCAAUGUGUUGACGGUGAUCAAAAGUAUAAUCUUGUUCAAGAUGCUAAAAUUGCGACUGCAGGGGACGAAUUAGCCAACUCACUCGGAAUUACAGUUGGAACCCCAAUUUUGAUUGCUGUUUUUCGACCCGCGCGUGGAAUUACCAACGAACCCCAACCACACUCAGCCCUCUGUCUCUAUCCCUUGCGAGAUAUUGAAGCCAAAUUCAUUGAAAAUAUUCACAUGUGUUUUAACGGAAGCGUCAAAUAUAGGAAUAUGGGAUAUGUUUCGGGGCCUAUUUUAGAUGGUAAAUGCCCGAGUAGUGGAUCGGCUGGAAAUAUUCCGAAUUUUUGUGAAGUCGGUCUAAAACUUAGUGGAGUUACACCUAUAGUAACAAAUGCAGCACUUGUGUUUCCUAAUGUUUCUUUAUCGGCUGUUGCUACCGCAUCAACGGGAAGACAUGUAUUAGCGUUCCUUGGAACUACUGAUGGGAAAUUGAAAAAAGUACUUUUAUCAGGUCCUGUUCCUACAGAAUAUGAGGAAGUUGUUGUCGAUGAAGGUAACGCGAUAUUACCUGAUACGACCCUCUCGACUUCAGGAGAUUACCUCUAUGUCCUCUCAACAUCAAAGAUAUCAAAGAUUAACGUUGAGCACUGCAGCAGCUACAACAACUGUUCAGCUUGUUUAGAAUCAAAAGACCCUUAUUGCGGGUGGUGUUCACUAGAAAAGAAGUGCACUGUUCGAAGUGCAUGUCUGAAGGCCUCUCAUAGCCCUCCGCGUUGGUUAUCGUUGGGUACAGGGCAACAGUGUAUAGACUUUGAACAAGUUUUACCGGAACGAAUUCCGAUUAAUCAAAUGACUACCGUCCGUCUUACAAUAAAAACUCUUCCAGAACUUCCAUAUGGUGCUAAAUAUAAGUGUGUGUUUGGUUCCGCGGAACCUAUAGAUGCAGUCGUGACAGAAUUCGGACUCUCAUGUCCAACUCCUGAUGUCUCAAGACGUCCACAAAUUCCACCACAAAAAGACCACGUUCUCGUACCUCUCAGCGUUCGAUCGUCGGAAACAAACAAAGAUUUUGUAUCGAGAAAUUUUGCCUAUUACGACUGUUCGAGACACACGACGUGUAUGCAAUGUGUUAAGUCACAGUGGGCGUGCAAUUGGUGUGUCUAUGAAAAUAAGUGUACACACAAUACUUCAGUCUGUCAACGCAACAUCAUUAGCGGUGAAAAUAAUCCCAUACAUUUGGCAAAUCAUGGUUUCGAAUAUUGUCCACAAUUUCGAAGACGAGACGUCAUUUUAUUACCAACGAACGUACCGAAACAAAUGGUUUUCGAAGUUAAAAAUUUACCACAUCCUCAAGCUGCCCACUCCGGUUUUCAAUGUAUUAUAAUUAUUGAAGGUGCUACAAUGUUGGUGCCUGCUCGAGUAACAUACAAUAAUAGUAAUAAACAUGUUGUUUGUGAUAACACAACAUAUUCGUACGAAGCCAAUGAAGGGGAGUACGAAGCUAACGUGACAGUUGUUUGGAACAGAAAUCAUCACAUUGACUCAAUGACAGUCAAAUUAUAUAAAUGUGAUAUAUUGGGAUCGCAUCGCGAACACGCCGACUGUUCAUUAUGUGUCACUAGAAACUCGAAAUACCAAUGCACCUGGUGUGGAAACACUUGCACCUAUAGCGAAACUUGUAAACAAAUAGCACACAUCAAAUGCCCAAAACCUCGAAUAGACAUGAUAAAGCCACUGAGUGGUCCGAUAGAGGGCGGAACGUUGGUAACGAUUGAAGGUAGCAAUUUGGGUUUGAAGAAAGAAGACGUUCAAGGGAAGAUAAACAUAGGGGACGUCCCUUGUGAGCUUGUUAAUUACGAAGUUUCGGUGAAAAUUCAGUGUGUGACAGGUCCGUCAAAAGUCGAAAAGACGGCACCAAUAAUAGUAGGAAACUUGGCUGGUUUUACAAAAUCAUCGGUAGAGUUUAGUUAUAAAGAUAUUAAAUUAUUUGGGAUUGAUCCGACGAAAGGUCCGCUAUCUGGCGGUACUCAAUUAGCAAUUAGAGGACAAUAUCUUAAUAUUGGUUCAGAAAUAACUGCAUAUUUAGAUGAUUACGUUUGUCAAGUUAAUUUAACUCAAGCAUCGAGCGGACGUUUAACGUGUAUCACAUCACGAGCGCAUGAUCCGGUUAAUAUAGGAAAACUAAUUUUAAGUAUAGAUGGCGCGAUUCGUACUUUAGAAGGUAAUCCGUUUAAUUACACCCAAGAUCCGACGAUUAUGGAAAUUAAACCGCUGAAAAGUUUUGUGUCUGGAGGAAGAAUGAUAUUCGUUCAUGGCACUAAUUUGAGUAGCAUUCAAGCGCCAGAAAUGGAAGUUUACUCGGAUACCGAACCGUCGGUUCCUAUUAAUAAAACUUCAUGUACUGUCUUAAGUGCAACCCAGAUUGAAUGUCCGAGUCCUUCAGUCAAUCGACAGUUUCUUUUAGCUAGCACUAAGGUUAGAAGAAGAUCACUUAGACAACCGUCGGCUAUUAAAAUGCCAGAAGCACAGCUUGUAGUAAAAAUUGGUUUUAUAAUGGAUAAUGUACAGUCUGUUAAAAAUUUAGAUAAGCAUUUUCCUAACUUAAGAAGUCAGUUGUUAUACGUAGAAGAUCCGAAAUUUUUUAAAUUCCCAAAUCAGAUAAAGCUUUACAAGGGUGAUACUUUAGUAAUAGAAGGCGAAAACUUAAAUAUGGCUAGUGAUGAAACUGAUGUUGUUGUUACAAUAGGAACGAAACCGUGUAAUGUCACUGGACUAGCUAUGAGUCAACUUGUUUGCUCACCACCUGAAAUACAACCACUUGAUACAGAUGAGAAUGGAGUAAAGACUGAGACUAAUCUUCCUCUUGUCGUUGUUCGAGUGGGACGUAACUUGAGGUUUCCACUUGGUUAUCUACGUUACGACAUUUAUAAAAGUUUCGCUUUUCCUCCCGAAGCAAUAGCGAUGAUAGCAGCAGGAACAGUUCUAUUUGUGUUGUUUUUCUUUGCUGUUCUUUUCGUCUAUCGUCGUAAAUCUACUCAAGCAGAACGCGAAUAUAAACGUAUUCAAAUACAAAUGGAUACAUUAGAAAGUAAUGUAAGAUCGGAAUGUAAAUUAGCAUUUGCCGAACUUCAAACAGAUAUGACUGAUCUUACUGCUGAUUUGGAAAAUUCAGGAAUACCAACUCUAGACCACACUAGUUACAUCAUGAAGGUGUUUUUCCCAGGAGUCAGCAAUCACCCAAUUUUAAACGCACCUAAAGUACGAAUUAAUGCACCAAGAACUAAUUACGAUUCGGCAAUGUUACAAUUUGAACAACUUAUAAAUAAUAAACAUUUUGUGUUAGUUUUUAUCGAAAUUUUAGAAUCUCAAAAGUCGUUCAAUAUUCGUGACAAGGUCACAGUUGCAUCACUGUUGAUGGUUGUGUUAAUGGGUAAGAUGGAAUAUGCUACUGAUAUUUUAAAAAGUUUACUUUUGCGUCUUAUUGAUAAAUCUGUUAAUACAAAACAUCCACAACUUAUGUUACGACGAACUGAAAGCGUUGUUGAAAAAAUGUUAACCAACUGGAUGGCGUUAUGUAUGUACUAUUACUUAAAGGAAUAUGCCGGUUCUUCGUUAUUUUUGCUAUUCAAAGCGAUUAAACAUCAAAUUGAGAAAGGUUUAGUUGAUGCAAUCACUCACGAUGCUCGUUACUCGUUAUCCGAAGAGAGAUUAUUGCGAGAACAGGUGGAACACAGUGUUGUGACAUUACAUAUUUUGCAAGAUGAUUUAGAUGAAAAAAUUCAGUGUAAAGUGUUGGACUGUGAUACAAUCAGUCAAGUCAAGUCGAAAAUAUUAGAUGCACUCUUUAAAAACACACCGUUUUCGAUGCGACCAUCCAUUCAUGAAGUUGAUUUGGAAUGGCGGCAUGGACGAGGUGGUCACUUAACUUUACAAGAUGAGGACUUGACGACAAAAACAGUAGGCUCGUGGAAAAAAUUAAACACUUUGGCUCAUUACGGUGUUAAAGAAAGUGCAGUUAUGUCACUGAUUUCGCGUCAAAAUGAUAGUUUUAAUAAUUGUAAACAACCAUGUCACAAUUGUGAGUUGAUUUACAUUUGUUGUGCUGCUUUAUUUUAUCAAAUUUUUGUUUUAGGUGUGGCUGGUAUGUAUUUUAACAAUUCACAGUCACCGAUUAUUACAACAAAUGGUGAUGUUGAAACUGGAACCAAUCCGAGAAUCUAUCAUUUAGUUAAACCAAUCGACGAUCAUCAAUUUCCUAAUAAUAAAUUGGGCGAAAGGACUCAUAAAGCCAUUCCGGAGAUAUUUUUGACUCGACUUUUAUCAACUAAAGGGACGAUUCAGAAAUUUGUUGAUGAUUUUUUUAUGACUAUAUUAACAGUAAAUGAACAAUUACCUCCAGCUGUUAAAUGGUUAUUUGAUUUGUUGGAUGAAGCAGCAAGAAAGCAUGGGAUUCAAGAUCCUGAAGUUGUUCACGCUUGGAAAUCAAAUAGUCUUCCUCUUAGAUUUUGGGUUAAUUUUAUAAAAAAUCCCGAUUUUAUAUUUGACAUUAAUAAAACGACAACGUUGGACUCGUGUUUAUCGGUUAUUGCACAGACUUUUAUGGACUCAUGUUCAACCACCGAACAUAGAUUAGGCAAAGAUUCACCAUCCAAUAAGUUAUUGUUUGCUAAAGAUAUUCCACGGUAUAGAGAGAUGGUUUCUCAGUUUUAUCAUGACGUUGCAACAUUACCAGUUAUAACCGAUCAAGAAAUGGGUUCAGCUAUGCAACAAUUAUCGGCGCAACAAGCCGACGAAUUUGACACUGUAGCUGCACUCAAAGAGCUUUAUAUAUACGUUACGAAGUAUAGAGAACCGAUAAUUGAAGCUUUGAACAAUGACAUAAACUGCCGUCGUUUACACUUGUCACAAAGGCUGGAUAAUGUUGCUUAUACUCUUGGAGGUGAAGACACUUCAGCUUGCUGACCUCGUCAGUCACCUGAUCCCCUGCUGCCCCAACCCUUGGCGCCCUGAUUCCAUGCGCAUUGUGCAUACACAUGUCAUAUGACAUGAUGACAUGAUGACAUGUGUGGCUGCAUAUGAGCGUGUUAUACUGUGAUAUGGCGCACGAUCAGGUGACUGUGAUUGGAAGCGUACUUACCCUCCAGCGGCUGCUAGUUUCCUUCCUGAGUGCCUCGCUAAGUCGCUACGCUGAUGGGACGUGACAUGGACAAUGUAUACGCGCAGUGGCGCACUUCUAUAGCGCACUUUCGUUCAGUCCGGUUAGCUUAGUUUUAAGUAGAAGUUUAUAGACAUUUAUUCUACAUGUAUCCGACUGAUAUAUGAUAGUGAUUUAAGUUUUAUUAAUCUUAAUUUUUUAGAUAACAGUAUUAAAGUUUGACAUAGUUUAAGUUUGCAAUAAUUGAGUUUAUUGCAUUGGGUGGCAUUGCCUGAUCAUUUCAAUUUACUAUCAGUCGUGUAUAUGGUAAAAUAGUGUUCUGUGCCGGAACUAUAUUUAUGUGGAAUCGUCUUCACGUCCAGUGAUUUGUACGUUACUAUUUUAAUUAUGUUUAAUAUAAAACAGUGCAUACUUGUAUCUUAACUAUUAUAUAUUUUUUUGUACAUACUUCUAUUGUGCAUAUAGAUUAUUAUAUCGGAUUUAUAAAAGUGUUUAUAUUUAAGCAAACAUUCAUUCGUAAUUCAUUUUAUUGUGUUAGAAUACAUUUUUAUCCUAACGACAAUUUUUACAAACAUUUUUUUGAUUGUACAUGUCGUAAUUGCUUAUUUAAAAUGUGACUAUACACAACACACGUGUGCAUCUACGUUUUUGGUUUAAAACGUAGAUAAGAUAUAUAUUUUUAUUCAAAAUCUACUAUUUUCCACAUCACUUAUUGUAGUCAUAUUUUAAAUUUGCCAUUAGAAAUUUUUAUAUUUAAAAUAUUGAUGUUUAAAUUCUCAAAUUUAAUAUACGAAAAAGUUAGAUAAAAAUGUUUGUUAAAUGCAAUUUUAAGGGGACUUACUUUAAUUCAAUUCAAUUCAUUAUUUUAUUAUCGAAUUUUUUACUCGUUUAUUAUUCUUAUGUUUUUGGUAAUGUGAUCGUGAAUUAAAGCUUUUUAUAUAAAGUGUAUUGUUUAGUGAUAUUUUUUUACUCUAUUAAACUUGUAUUCCAAAAAAAAA